AAUUGAAUUUUAUAAUCACGUGACCGUUAAAUGUCCGCCACUAGCUGCACAUGGUCAUUGAAUUAAUUUCAAUAGAAGUGUCAAGUCCAUUAUUAAUAUAAUAGUCUAAUAAGUCUAUUGUCAUGUCUGAGCCAGGAGGCAAGAAGAAAAAAGGGAAGGGUAAAAGCCAAGCAAAGAAAGCUACAGUAUUGUCACUGAAUGAGUUUUUAGCUGACAGUCCCUCCUCUUCACCGGCAGCACCUUUUAGGACGAAGAGUUGGGCUGAUGAAACAGCUGAUCUUGAUGUUGAUGAUUCAACCUAUUGGCCUGAUGAUCGUCCUCCUAAGCCACGUGUUAAUCUAAGUACUUUACCUUCAGCUCCUCGUGCAGCUACAGUCCCUAAUAUUGACCCAUCCCGUCUACCUAAGAACCCACCAUUCACCGUAUUCCUUGGAAACUUGUCGUACGAAGCUAACGAAGAUGACAUUAGAAUAUUCUUUGAAAGAAAUAAAUUAAUAGUGACUACCGGAUCAGUACGUCUGGUGAGAGAUAAAGAUGGUCGCAUGAAAGGUUUUGGAUAUGCAGAAUUUGAGAACCUGUCCGACCUAAUGGAAGCACUGUCUCUAACUGGACUGAAUGUUAGAAAUCGGCCAUUGCAGAUUGAUGUAGCUGAAGGAAAAGGUGAAGGAGGUGGGGGCGGUUAUGAGGGGCGUCGCCGUUAUGAUGAAUCUGAUCGCACAGCCGGUGAUUGGAGGAGUGGACCAAGAGCUCAAUCUCCACCAUCUUCCCCUCCCUCUCGUAGAAACAGAUCAGACAGGUAUUCUCCUCCACGCGGCGGUAGAUAUUCCCCCCCUCGUGGGGGCAGAUAUUCUCCUCCUCGGGGCAGAUCUGACCGGUAUUCCCCUACCCGUGGGGGCAGAUCGGAUCGAUAUUCUCCUCCCCGUGGAGGCCGAUAUUCCCCUUCUCGUGGGGGCAGAUUUGAUCGAUAUUCUCCUCCCCGUGGGGGCAGAUCUGGUCGAUAUUCUCCCCAUGGUGGUUUCAGGUCAGACAGGCAUUCUCCUCCUCGUGGAAGGAGUAAUGAUUUUGGUGGUCGUGAUAGAUACCAAUCACCUAGGAGAAGGGACUUAUCCCCUGGACGUGAGUACUCACCCUCAAGAAACCAAAGGUCACCACAUAGAGACGAAUCACCAAGAAGAGAAGGCCAGGAUAGGGACUCUCCUCCUAUCCCAGAACGAAAUCGUUACCCACGGGAAACUGACAGUCCUUCAAAUGAAGACACUCCUCCCACUAGUAAUGAAGCUCCACCCACAACUACCGAUGAUAUAGAUUUGCCUGACAAUGAUAGACUGGUUGAUGGUGAAAAACAAGAUGACAAUGAGCCACAGGAAAAGGAAACAGUUAGAGAAGAGCAUCGAGAUAACAGAGAUGAUCGUCCAUACAACAGAGAUGGAGAGGAUCGUCCAUACAGAGAUGAUCGUCCAUACAACAGAGACGAUCGUCCAUACAACAGAGACAAUCGUCCAUACAACAGAGACGAUCGUCCAUACAACAGAGAUGAUCGUCCAUACAACAGAGACGAUCGUCCAUACAACAGAGACGAUCGUCCAUACAACAGAGACGAUCGUCCAUACAACAGAGAUGAUCGACGACAUGACAGGGAUAGAGAUGACCGUCCAUAUGGCAGAGAUGAUCGUUCGUACAAUAAUAGAGAUGAUCGACGAUAUAACAGAGAUAGAGAUGACCGUCGAUAUGAUAGAGAUGAUCGUCGAUACGAGAGAGAUGAUCGUGGUAGAUUUGGUUCCUCGUGGAGAGAAGGAGGAGGAGGAGGAGGUAGGCGUGGUCCAGGUGGUGAUAGAGGAAGAGACUAUUAUGGAAGCAGGAGGGACGAAGGAGGAGAUUAUAGGCGGAGUCCCGAGCCAGUUCGCGAGGAGAGAAGGAAAAUAAUACUACAACCGAGGUCCAAGCCAAUAGAUACCGAGCAGGAGAGUAGAUCCCCUGGUACGAUAUUUGGCGGAGCUAAACCUGUGGACACUGCCAAAAGGGAACGAGAAGUCGAAGAGAGACUGAAGGCAAAAGAAGAUGAGCAAAGAAGGCAAAGCGAAACAAAAAAGGUAUCGAUAUUUGGUGGAGCAAAACCAGUGGAUACACGUAAGAGAGAGAGCGAGAUCGAAGAGAAAAUAAGAUUGGCUAGAGAAGAAGCAGAAACUAAAGGUGACAAUGAGAGAAGAACAAGCGAUAGUGAUGCUAAAGUUUCUGAUGAGCCUCAGUCUAACGAGGAGACCAGUAAGGCAGAGGAUAAACCUCGCAAGUAUGACGGGCCAAAAUCAAGAAGAAGUGACGAUUCGGGGGGGCGUACCAGGAAAUUUGAAAACGACAGACCUCGUAGAGAAGAUACUGAUAGGCCACCUCGUAGGGAGGAUAAUAAAGGACGUGGCUUUGGAAAUAAGAGAGAUGUACGUGAAGGAGAGGUUUCUGUUAGAGGGCGGGGCAGGGGGCGAGGUAGGGGACGUGGUGGCAGUGAAAGACCAGAAAAAUCUCAGCCUUCUCAACCUAAGAAAUAUGAAGAACUGGAGAAACCUGAUUUUCAACAGAAGAACAGAUUUGCAUCACUAAUGGAUGAAGAUGAAGGAGAUUAUGAGAAGCAAGUGUCUGCUGGGGACGGACAACCGACUUAAAUUAAGUGUCGCAAAAUAAAGAGGAACAAAAAAACAAAUUUAAUUUUGCUAAAAUAAUUUUGAUAGGAUUAAAAAUUAAUAACGAAAGCUAUAAAAUAUUGUUAAUAAUUCUCUUUUCCUUGUUAAAAAAUAUGAUAGUAAUCUUUUAA